AUGAUAUGUAUAGUAAGAGAUGGGAAGACAGAGAUAGCACCAGAGACAAGAGUAGUAAUUAUUUCUUAUGAUUUAAUUGCUAAGGAAGAAAGGUUCCAAGCUAAUUAUCAGUGCGUCAUCUGUGACGAGUCGCACUAUCUGAAGAAUCAUCAUGCAAAAAGAACACAAGCUUUACCAGAUUAUUGUUCUUAUCGUGAAUUUACAAGAAGAUAUUGUAUACCAAUAUAUAAUUCAUUUAGUCGCCGAUUAGAGGACGAAGGACAUCAAAGAGAAGAAGAAUUACAUUUAUUAUUAAGGGAAACUAUUCUUAUAAGAAGAUUAAAAAAAGAUGUACUUAAGGAAUUACCUGAUAAACAAAGGUCCCGUAUACCAAUAGAAAUACCUGAGAAAGAUUUACGAGAAAUAAAGAAGAAGAUGUCUUCCUUUGAUUCAUCUAUUCUUUCUUCCUUUAAUGAUGAACCUAUUGAUGUAAAUAAAUAA